UCUUUGGUACCAAGGGCUGCGAGAGGAAGAGGCGCCGGGAGACUGUCAGAGGAUACUGAGAGGAAGGAACCAGCGGUGCGCUCCCUCUUAGGCUCCCUGAACGUUGGGGUUCGGGGGUGGGGAAUGGCGUGCGAAGCUUCCUACUCCUUCCCCAAAGCCCUUUCUUGCUCGAGGGAGCCAGUGCAAGCCCGAGGUUAAAGCCCUUGUGGAGUCGUUUUCCACGUCUGUUCCCUAGUCAGUCCGUCCUGGAGGCCGGCUCCAGUAUGCUAUAAAUACAGCAGGCCACAUGCUGUUGUGACAUAAUGUUCCCUCCAGAGCCCAAGCCUGAUAACAUGAAUUUGCCCUUUAAAUGUCCCUAGAGGGAGCAGCAGGCCCCCAACCCGCUCAGACCUCCCGGAAGCGCCUCGCCCUCCGUGCCCUCUACUGAGGAAUGGGAUGGAGAGGGUAUCCAGACACCUGUCCAGCCAAUGCGCACGGAGCCAAAUGGCCCGAGGGCCCUCCUCCUUCUCUCGCGAGACGGAGGGUCAUAUAAGGAGGUCUGGGGGAGAAGCGCUCUGCCCCUUUUGGAUCCUGGUGGUGGGACGGAGAAGGGGGUCAGGGCUUCUGGCUGGGGGGAAGUUUAGGGAGCAGUUCCUUUGACAUUGUGGGUACGACCAACUUCCGUCAUGGGUGACCAAGCGCUGAGCUUCCUCAAAGACUUUCUGGCAGGUGGCAUUGCCGCCGCGGUUUCCAAGACUGCGGUUGCUCCCAUUGAGAGAGUCAAACUGCUUCUGCAGGUCCAACAUGCCAGCAAACAGAUCAAAGCAGAGCAGCAAUAUAAAGGCAUAAUUGACUGCGUGGUGAGAAUCCCCAAGGAGCAAGGCUUCCUCUCCUUCUGGAGGGGCAACCUGGCCAAUGUCAUUCGUUACUUCCCCACCCAAGCCCUGAAUUUUGCCUUCAAGGACAAAUACAAGCAGAUCUUCUUGGGGGGUGUGGACCGGCACAAGCAGUUCUGGCGUUACUUUGCUGGCAACCUUGCUUCUGGUGGAGCAGCUGGGGCCACUUCCCUCUGCUUUGUCUACCCACUGGACUUUGCUCGAACCAGGCUAGCCGCUGAUGUGGGCAAAGGUGCCACUCAACGGGAGUUCAGUGGCCUGGGCGACUGUCUCACCAAGAUCUUCAAGUCUGAUGGCCUGAAGGGCCUCUACCAGGGCUUCAGUGUGUCUGUCCAGGGCAUCAUCAUCUACAGGGCUGCCUACUUCGGGGUCUAUGAUACAGCCAAGGGAAUGUUGCCUGACCCCAAGAACGUGCACAUUAUAGUAAGCUGGAUGAUUGCCCAGACAGUGACUGCAGUGGCAGGACUGGUGUCCUAUCCCUUUGACACUGUCCGUCGUAGAAUGAUGAUGCAGUCUGGCCGGAAAGGGGCUGAUAUUAUGUACACUGGGACACUUGACUGCUGGAGGAAGAUUGCAAAAGAUGAAGGAUCCAAAGCUUUCUUCAAAGGUGCCUGGUCCAAUGUAUUGAGAGGCAUGGGCGGUGCUUUUGUAUUAGUGUUGUAUGAUGAGAUCAAAAAGUAUGUCUAAUUCAAUUAAAACUCUUAAGUUCAUUGGUCCCAGAUCCAGUUUCUAAUGUUACCCGUGGUUUAAUAGACACUUCCUCAAAAACCUGGCAACACUUACAUGGGAUAACACCAGGCUGACAUGGAUAUCAUAGCAUAAACUUGUUUUAGUCCACUGGACCACAUAUGAAUUUUGCAUUAUACAGACAAAGUAUACUUGCAAAUAUAAGGUAACCUUUAUUUCUAUGCUUCUACAAUUAAUUUGGGAAAUGAUGACAAUGACCUAAUGUGAACCAUCAAUAAAUACUAUUUAAGGCUCA